AUGAGGGCCGACGAUAUUGUCAACUUCGCUCAGGAGACACCAGCGCAGCUCCGCAGCCCCGCUUUCACUACAAACCCCUCGAGCCCCGCUGGCAAAUUCAUCGUGGGAAACGUUGACAGUCACUUCGAGUACGAUGCGCUAUCAUAUAUGUGGGGUGAUGCCACGCAGGCCGAUCGUGUUGUCGUAGAUGGCGCUGUCAUACCGAUAGCCUGGAAUCUCACCAGGGCGUUAGAAUAUUUGCGCGACUUCAAAGGACUGGAACCACUGAGGAUAUGGAUCGAUGCUAUUUGUAUUGAUCAGGGUAAUUUCGAUGAGCGCGCUGAACAAGUUGCUAUGAUGCGGUCUAUCUACCGAAACGCAGACUGUGUGCGGAUCUGGAUCAAUGAACCAUCUCUCGAUAAGCAGAGUGAGGCUGUAGCAGCUCUGAAAAGCUUUCAACGCGACCCAGAAGCGGAAAAUAAUGGACUGGGAGGCGACAUCAGUUUUUGGGAUUCUGUAAUCCCAAUAUUUGAAAACGGCUAUUGGAGUCGUGUAUGGAUUCAUCUGUAUGUUGGUAGACAACAAGAGGUUCUGAAUGCACGACGACUCAUGUUGCACUGCAUGGACGUUGCACUUGAUGGCGUGACUGCCGCAAACUUUGCGGAAACUGUAGAGGACAGAUUCAGAGAAGCGGCCUAUAUGGAAUUCGACUACCAGUUUCACCUUACUCUUUAUGAUUUGAUGGGAAACGUUCCCAGUCGUCUCUAUUCGAAGAUGUUUGCUGCUCGUGGUGAGCAAAGAGUAAGAUAUAUGCUUCUCACGCUCCUGGAUGCGUCCAGCAACAUGCAAGUGUCCAUGGGCCAAGACCGUCUGUAUGCCAUUAUGCACCUAGCUAAGGAUUACGAGGAAGGAAGUAUCAUAGUCGACUAUAAUAAAACCGAAGAACAAGUCAUGGUCGAUGCAGCAGCUUACCACAUCAGCCAGCAUCGGAACCUCGAGUUUCUGUACGAAAGCAUGCAAAACGACAUUCAAAGGGCAGCCAACUUUGAAUCUAAUGAGACCAUUGGUCCUACUUGGAUCCCAAAUGAAUGGAUGGGUCGUAAAAACCAAGGAUGGAGCAUCCUCGAAGUAGAUCGUUAUCGCCCGAUGAUAAUGAAGAGUCCGGGACUGAUGACCACUAAAUGCUCUCCACAUUCUGUUGAUAUAAGAAACCUGCGAUUACACGUUCGAGGUGUCAAGGUUGGUUGGUUGCGACAGUGCUUGGUCUUCAAUCAAGAUGUGGAGGAAAUGACAGUGGCUCAGUUCUGGAGAAGUUCGAUUGGCGAACACAUACAACCAUACUUGAGCGACGCCGGCACAAGCUUAUUCGAAUUCCUUCAAGUUGUAGAUACUGAUCUAUGGAAACCAGAACAACAUCAUAAGGAUAUUCAUCUCGGGUUAUGUCAUCUUCUGGAUAUCAGUAAAAACCCAGAGAAUGCAGAUAGGGUUCUGGGGUUUGGAGCUACCAAAAUCUCCGACCUACUAGCACCCCUCGAAGGUACUGAUCAAGGCGUUGUGUUCGCACUUCGAGCAAUUCUGCGAAGUCUUAGGAGGAGAUCGUGUAUCUUAACAGAAAAUAACAACUUCGGCCUGGUACCAGAAUGCGACAUAAGAAAAGGGGACGAGAUUUGGCUGGUACUUGGAUGUUCACGGCCACUUAUCGUGCGAAGACAACCCAGCGGAAGAUAUUGGCAUAUCUGCACAGCAAAAAUAUCUGCUCUCGAAGAACACGAAGAACUCGCACGUUUCAAAAGCGAUAUCCGGCCUGGAGAUAAGGUCGGCGAAUGGACGGUUGAGGAUAUCGAGCUGGAUUGA